GUACGCUAUUGAGUUCAGGAUGUCAAUUACUUUGUCUAGCAUCAGAAUGUAUUUUGGAGAGGUUUGGAAAUAUAUUCCACGCAACCUGCGACGAAGGAAAUGCAAUUAUACUCAAGAAAAUGACAUCUGAAAAUAUCCAUUGGUGACAUGGAAGAUAUGGAAGAUAAUGAUCCCCUGCGAUCAUUCUACCCUUUAAAGUAAAGCGCCGUGAAGCGAAAUACUCCAAACUAACAUUAAAAAUCACCAGAUGGCCCUAGCAAACAGGGCGAGAUUUUAUUCUUUCACUACAACGCGUUUAGAAAAAGUAAUCAAACAUACUUUGUCGUGGUAACGGAAUAGCUGUAAGAAAGGGGCACGUAAAUGUAUACAUAUUUGAAGUAACUUACUAUCCGCAGCAUAACAUCGUUUGAAGCUCCUUAGAAGCCAACUUUAUUUGACGCUCUACAAGAACCAUCCAUUGCAAACAAACCAGCCAAGUAAAAACCUAGAGUUAAGAAAAUGAACGACACAAGGCUUUGUCCUGAGUAUUUACAAACAUACUUCGCCGAGCAAUACGAGCCAAUCAGUUGGGUGACUCGAUCCGCUUAUGUCACCGCCACCAUCAACACCGUAUCCGCCGUACCAGCGACCUUCCUGAACCUUCUGGUGAUAGUAGCCAUCCUCCGCUCUAACACCCUCCGGUCACCCUCCUUCCUGUUAAUCUGCAGUAUGGCGGUCAGUGAUUUCAUGGUAGGCGUGGUGCUUCAGCCGAGGUUUACGGUCCUCAGGGUGGCAGAGAUCAUGGGUGAAUUUGGCCUGUACUGCAAGGCUGCUCAAAUGGGGAGUGCUAACAGUGUAGGCAUGUUAGUCUCAGUAAUAACGGCGGCCUUGAUAAGCAUUGACCGAUAUCUUGCUCUGCAUCUUCGAAUGAGGUAUAACGUGGUUGUGACGAGAAGCCGUGUAGUAAAGAUGAUUGUAAUGCUGUGGUUCGUCUCAAUUUGUCUUGGGGCGCUAGUACCGCUGAUAUCCAUGCUGGUUUUUACUAUUUUCCUCAACGCCAUCGUCUCCAUGCUAGUGCCGGUAAUAGUUGUGUGCUACGUUAAGUGCUUCCAUACUCUUAGACAGCAACGAAAUAAGAUUGGCGCAGCAAACAUCCCCUUGCAGCGAGCUAAAGUCAGUGGUACCAAUAGCAAAGGUUGGGUGGCACCGGCGUUGACCUCAAACCUUGGGACACAACAAAAUACCAUGCAGUGCUGCCUUGAAGACUACCUAGAUAACGAGUCAAGCCUUGCUAGUGGGGUAGGACAGAUAUGUCCUAGCAACCAGGUCAACCAUAAGAUCCAUAAUAACCUUAGCAACCAGAUCAGCCUUGAAAAUCAGGGCAGACCAGGGGACGAGAUCAUUAUUGGAAUUGAGGUACGCCCUAGCAACCAGGUCAGCCCUAGAAACGAGGUCAGUCUUGAAAAGCAAGCGCACCCUAGCAGCCCUUUCAGACUUGGAAACCAGACUAGACCUAGUAACGACAUCAACCUUGAAAACCAGGUCAACCCCAGAAACGAAAUCUGUAUGGUAAACGAGGCCUGCCCUAAUAACGAGCUAAGCCUUAGUAACCGCACUAGCCCUAUUAAACAUGUCAGCCUUGGAAAAAAGAUUAUCCCUAGCAACCAAUCCAAACAUGGACAUCGUAAACUAAAGAGAAUUAAUUUCAACAUGAAUCUAGUGAAGUAUGAGAAUGUAUCCUUCACGAUGCUUCUCAUCAUCAUCAAUUUGUUCAUGUGCUACACUGUCUACCUUGUAUUUCUACCGCUUCUAUAUUUCGCAAUCGGUUACAAUGGCACGGUCAAGUUUUGCAGCGAUGUAGGCAUGUUACUGGUCAGUAUCAACUCUGCGCUUAAUCCCAUUAUCUAUUUAAUGCGCAUGCGUGAGAUAAGGAACUCUAUCUGGGCACUGAUGCGAGAGCCUUGAAGAUCUCCUUCACCAUCGCAAAGGACGGUGCAAGGGAGCACGACAAAAUGUGUCCUAUUGAACGGGCGAUUGAUAUUAUUACGAAAAUAAACCACUGUGUUAUGCAACA